AUGGGGCGACUAACGGAAGCACUCCUCUACCUAUGGAACUUUCGCUACCUCCCUCUCAAGUACCGCUGGCCGCUCAUCAAGUGGAGGCGCCGGCUGCUGCCGACUCGGACGGGCCUUGGACUGCGCAACUCGCUACGCCAUGCCCGCUCGCUGCGACACCCGCCGGAGCCCAACGCCCAUCUCUUUGUGCUGCGCCUCCUAUGGCCGUUUCCCACCUGGUACUUCGCGGCAGUCGUCCCGCCGCCGCCGCGCGUCAUCAAGGCCGACCCCGAUGUCGUGAGCCGCCGGGUUCGCGACCUCAUGUACCUCCGCUCGAUGCCGCUAUGGCGGGCGCGCGACACGCCGCAGCGCGCCUUUUAUCGCCUAUACGAGGCCGUGUGCGCCGCAGACGGGCCCAUGAUUACCUACGAGACCGAGUACUUCUGGCGCCGCUCGUCUCCGGGCUGGGCCACGGUCGGCAUCCCGGACCCGGAGUGCGAUGACGCGGAGCAGUAUGCGGUCAUGGCGGCCUUGGCUGAGGAACUCGUCGAGUCGUUUAUGUGGCGGCUGCAGCUCGGUCUGCGCCGCAACGACACGCCUAUUAUGAACCGCUACAAAGAUCCGCCGCCUAUGGUGCCUGAAGUCUGCCCGGCGUGGGCGACCAAGGUGCCGGCGUUGGAAAACAAGCUGCUCUUGCACCCGGAUGAAAACGUCUACUUUGAUAGCCCGUUUCAUCGGCGCAAUGUUUACACGGCAACCGGCAGUUUCUAUACCGUCUGA